UAGGCACAGUGUGGCCAACAGCAUGAGGCCACCACAAAGCUCUCUGAUAUUCCUAUUGGUAGUACUAAGACAGGAAACCAACUGUAAAGUGCUACCUGAAUGUAAUUUUGGUGUUAGCUUGCACAGGUCAGAAAACGUUAGAAGGUACAGUCUUCACCCAGAGGCUUCUAAGAAAGAACAGGAGUGGAUGUAGAAAAGGAACCAGAAAUGGAAAAUGCUCAAGCUGGAGCCUCAGAAAAACCAGACACAAUACUGGACCCUCAAGAAGAAACACAUGAAGGUGACCCCAAUGAAAGCCCAUUACAGGUGCCAUCCAGGAAUGUGCCUCUUCUAGUCCCAGAGUUCUUGGUUACAGCUCAGGCCAUGGAGGAGAUGGCCUUUGUCCCUGUGGUGAGCAACACACUCCACAUGUCCACAGAAGAGUCUGGGUUCCUACAGAAGAACAGUGAUAUCCUCAGGAUCCCAGAAAACAGUAUGCAUCACAUAAAAGGCAACAUCUCUGGAUCCUCAGCUGAAACCACACAGCCCACACAUAACAACACCCCUGAGGCCUUGGCAAAAACCACCCAGCCCAAACAGGGGAGUAUCCGCAAGUUCUCAGAGAAAAUCAUCCAGUUCAAAGAAGACAACAUCCCAACAACCUCAGAGGUAACAACUCAGCCUGAAGAGAGUGACAUCCCCAAGUCCUCAGAGAAACCCUACCAGUUCAGCCCAGGGAAUAUCCGCAAGGCCCCAGAGAAACACUACCAGUUCAGCCCAGGGAGCAUCCCCAAGGCCUCAGAGAAACACUACCAGUUCAGCCCAGGGAGCAGCCACAAGGUCUCAGAGAAACCCUACCAGUCCAGUCCAGGGAACAUACCCAAGGCCUCAGAGAAACACUACCAGUUCAACCCAGGGAACAUCCCCAAGUCCUCAGAGAAGCACUACCAGUUCAGCCCAGGGAACAUCCCCAACGCCUCAGAGAAACACUACCAGUUCAGCCCAGGGAGCAGCCACAAGUCCUCAGAGAAACACUACCAGUUCAGCCCAGGGAGCAGCCACAAGUCCUCAGAGAAACACUACCAGUUCAGCCCAGGGAGCAGCCACAAGUCCUCAGAGAAACACUACCAGUUCAGCCCAGGUAACAUCCCCAAGGCCUCAGAGAAACACUACCAAUUCAGCCCAGGGAGCAGCCACAAGUCCUCAGAAAAACACUACCAGCUCAACCCAGGGAACAUCCUCAAGGCCUCAGAGAAACCAAACCAGCUCAACCCAGAGAACAUCCCCAAGUCUUCAGAGAAACCCUAUCAGUUCAGCCCAGAGAGCAGCCGCAAGUCUUCAGAGAAACACUACCAGUUCAGCCCAGCGAGCAGCCACAAGUCCUCAGAGAAACACUACCAGCUCACCCCAGAGAACAUCCUCAAGGUCUCAGCAAACAUCAUCCAAUCAAAGCACAUUAAUAUCCCCAAGUCCUUGGCAAGAAUUACCCAACCCAAACAAGAGAACAUUCCCAAGUCUUUAGCAAGUACAGUUCAAUCUAGAGAGGGUGACAUUUCUAAGUCUUCAGAGGAAACCACCCAGCCCAGGGAGUACGCCAUCCCCAAGUCCUCAGAGGAAACCACCCAGCCCAGGGAGGACGCCAUCCCCAAGUCCUCAGAGGAAACCACCCAGCCCAGGGAGGAUGCCAUCCCCAAGUCCUUAGAGGAAACCACCCAGCCCAGGGAGGGCGACAUCCCCAAGUCCUCAGAGGAAACCACCCAGCCCAGGGAGGGCGACAUCCCCAAGUCCUCAGAGGAAACUACGGAACCCAAGGAAGAUGCCAAAAAAGAAUUGGUGGAGCUCCCUGAGGAGGAUGUGGUAAAGGUGAUCACAGGCAAGGAGGACUUCAACGAGGCGCUCAAAGAAGCUGGGGAGAGGCUGGUGGUUGUGGACUUCUCAGCCACGUGGUGUGGGCCCUGCAGAGCCAUCCGGCCGCUUUUCCACUUCCUGUCUCUGAAGCACAAGGAUGUCACGUUCCUGGAGGUGGAUGCUGAUGACUGUGAGGAGCUGGUAAUAGAAUGUGAGAUCGUUUGUCUCCCAACCUUUCACUUUUAUAAAAAAGAAGAAAAGGUGGGUGAACUUUGUGGUGCCCAACAUGAAAAACUCAAAGCAAUAAUUACAGAAUUAAAGUAACCAUAUAUUCUGAGAACAUCGCAAAUGGUAGGUUAUAGCUUGUUUUUUUUUCUUCUUAAUUUGCAAAAAAGAACAAGUUUAACAAAUUUAUGUAUAUAGGACACAGCUUUUUAAGCUGUGAGCAUGAAGCGUGGGCUUUCAGAGCACAAGGCAUGAGAGCAUGUUGUGACCAUGGGCCUGUGGAUGGGAGAGGAGAGUUUGGAGACUCCUUGAGUGGAGAUUGAAGUCCUCUUCUCUUGCU